CUAUCUAUCAGUGUGUGCUGUGUUAGUUGAGUCAUCUUUAUUGCAUUCUAUGCUAUCACACAUUUAUUACUUUUGGCUCCCUUUUGCUUCAACCAUACUACUUCAUAGUAUUAUUAUUAUUAUUAUUAUUAUUUCACUCUUGGGUCAAGAAUCAUUGUAAACUUCCUACGUUGAAAAGUAAUCAGUAUAUAGUGAUUUCGCACUGCUGAUUUUUCUGUAUUAAAUUUCUUCUUAAGUUUAAUCACAACCAUCAUUGACCAGGAAUAGAAAUAAUAGCUACUACCUAAUCCUUUUUUACAUGCACUAACUAGUGUAUGCUGCUGUCAAAAUAUUCUGCUUAUGUUAGUUAAUCCCCCAACCAUCAUUGCAGCUGCAUUAAUGACCUAUGGUCCUCUCUCUCUCUCCUCUCUCUCUCUCUAAAGUGGUGGUAUUCUGCAAUAAUUCCCAACAGUCUUGACAUUGAAUAAAUGAAGAACAUGAUGUUGAUAUACCAAAUUUGGUGACCGUACAUUUAAUUUAUUUCAGUAUAUAUAUCUGUUUCGGCUUGGAGAGAGACAACACAGUAAUAGAGAAAUGGAUUCGAGAGAAAUCAAGUCACCUGAAGUUUUGCCAGAUACUCCGGCGAGUGUGGAAUCAAACACGAGCAGAUCUCAUAGGAGGAAAAGGCUCGGUUUGUAUUUCCUCGAAUCCGACGACAGACGAACAGCCCUUGGAGGUGGCUACACUAGCUGUGGAGCAACACCGGUUAACAUCCAUGGAAAGCCCAUUUCCGACUUCACCAUGUCCAAGACUGGUGGUUGGAUUGCUGCUUUCUUCAUUUUCGGGAAUGAAAUGGCAGAGAGAAUGGCUUACUUUGGACUGUCGGUGAACAUGGUGGCGUUCAUGUUCUACGUCAUGCAUCGACCUUUCGAGAGUUCGGCAAAUGCAGUCAACAAUUUCUUAGGAAUAUCACAAGCUUCCUCUGUGCUCGGUGGGUUCCUCGCCGACGCAUAUCUUGGUCGAUACUGGACAAUCGCCAUUUUCUCAACGAUCUACCUUGUGGGUCUAACAGGAAUAACCCUGUGCGGAACACUGACCAUUCUAAUGCCGAAUCAAGACAAAUGCGACCAGAUAGCACUUCUACUAGGCAACUGUGAACCUGCAAAGCCGUGGCAGAUGCUUUACCUCUACACAGUCCUGUACAUCACUGGAUUUGGAGCUGCUGGCAUUAGACCGUGCGUCUCUUCCUUUGGCGCAGACCAAUUCGACGAAAGAAGCAAAGACUACAAGGACCACCUCGACAGAUUCUUCAACUUCUUCUACCUUUCGGUCACUGUUGGAGCAAUUGUGGCAUUUACAGCAGUGGUCUACAUUCAAAUAAAACACGGAUGGGGUUCUGCAUUUGGAUCAUUAGCCAUUGCCAUGGGCAUGUCAAACUUUGUUUUCUUUCUGGGCACUCCUCUCUAUAGGCAUAGGUUGCCAGGUGGCAGCCCACUCACCCGCGUGGCACAAGUCCUCGUCGCUGCCUUUCGAAAGAGAAACGCUUCUUUCGAGAGCAGUGAAAUCGUGGGAUUGUACGAGCUUCAAGGCAAAAGAUCUGCCAUCCAGGGUAGCGCCAAGAUUUCCCACACUGAAGAUUUCAGGUGUUUGGACAAAGCGGCUCUGAAACUGAAAGAAGAUAGCCUCGAUCCAAGCCCGUGGAGGCUCUGCACAGUCACACAAGUCGAAGAAAUAAAAAUCCUUAUAAAACUCCUCCCGAUUCCAGCAUGCACAAUCAUGCUCAAUCUAAUCUUAACCGAGUAUUUGACGCUCUCAGUACAACAAGCGUACACAUUAAACACUCACAUGGGCCAUCUCAAACUUCCCGUCACAUGCAUGCCCGUUUUUCCAGGGCUCAGCAUAUUCCUUUUCCUCUCUCUCUACUACUCGGUUUUCGUUCCGUUAUCAAGAAAAAUCACAGGGCAUCCACACGGAGCAUCUCAGCUGCAAAGGGUAGGCAUCGGUUUGGCAGUUUCGAUAGUAUCUGUCGCGUGGGCUGGAGUUUUUGAGGGGUAUAGAAGACAUUACGCCAUACAACACGGGUACGAGGCUAGUUUCUUAACCCCAAUGGAAGACCUGAGUGCGUACUGGCUGUUGAUACAGUACUGCUUGAUAGGAAUAGCUGAAGUGUUCUGCAUUGUCGGUUUACUGGAAUUUCUUUACGAAGAGGCGCCAGAUGCAAUGAGAAGCAUAGGGUCCGCUUAUGCCGCCGUUGCUGGUGGUUUGGGCUGCUUUGCCGCCACUAUAUUGAACAACAUUGUCAAGUCUUUGACCGGAGAUUUGGAGAAGAGGAAACCAUCUUGGCUGUCGCAGAAUAUAAACACUGGAAGGUUUGACUAUUUCUACUGGCUGCUGACUGUGAUGAGUGUGAUCAACUUCUGUGUGUUCUUGUAUGCAGCAAAUAGGUAUCAGUACAGAAAAAAGCAGGUGACCGAGACAAGAGAACAAACAAAUGUGCAAACGACCAUAAAGGAGGGUCCUUAGUGAAUUUAAUCUACUUUGCCGCGUAGAGACGUUUUAUGUUUAGUAUUCGGUUUUGUAGUCUGAAGGUUAUAGUUCGAUUUUCAUGGUGGUUUUAGUAGCUAAUUUACGUGCCAAAAUAGAAACCUUUAUCAAUUUUCGAUGUUUAAACUAGCAUGCCAUGGGAAUGUUAUGAAAUAAAAGCAAAUGGCAUAUGAA